ACCGGAAGUGGCUUCUCUUAGCAAUGAAAACAGCGUCAGGACUUUUUUUGGGAAUAAAUAAUUAACCCCCGGAAUUAUAAAGCAUUUAGUUUGCGGAGGUAAGAGGUAUGCAAAACCAGUGUCACACGUUACCGUGUUUGUUUGUUUUUCUCAGCUGAAAAAAAAUAGAAUAAACGUGUUGUUAGCUUGCGUGCUAACAUGCAUAGCAUAGGCUCCUUGUUUUAAAGGAACGGUGUGCCUUAGCUGGGGCUCUGCUACAUAGCUAAGAAGCUAACAGUGUUUCAAACGAUUUAUCUGGUCUUACACACGACCACAUGUAGUGUAAGGAAUUAUUAUUAUUAUAUACUUUAGAGUGUCUUGAGGAAACCGAAGGCGCGUGAAGAUAAGAUGGAACUCUGUAUUCGACUUUAAUGUAAUCUCUCACAAAUCGUAGUGAAGCAGUGUGAGGAGAAAUCCCCUGGCCAAAGUCCUUCUUAUACAUAAACAGACAUCCGUGUAACAUGUUAAAUAAUGCCCUGAGAAUUAAAAUAUUCCGUAGUAAUAGUAAUCACUGUUAUCUAUAUAUGGAUAAGUGACAGAUAAUAGUUAAUAAGUAACCCAGCUCAGCCUUGUAUCUACACGGGCAAGAUGGAGGUUCCCUCCUAUUACUCUAAGCUUUUAUGUGAGCUAAACGAACAACGGAAGAGGGACUUCUUCUGCGACUGCAGCAUCAUAGUGGAGGGUCGCAUGUUUAAGGCACACAGAAAUAUCCUUUUUGCAAGCAGCGGCUAUUUCCGGGCCCUGCUGGUGCAUUACCUGCAGGAUAGUGGUCACAGGCAUAGCACGGCUUCUCUGGACAUUGUCACAGCAGACGCUUUUUCGCUCAUUCUGGACUUUCUGUACUCCGGUCGCUUAGACCUGCGCACCGACAACGUAAUCGAGAUAAUGUCCGCUGCCAGCUACUUGCAGAUGACGGAUGUUGUAAACUUUUGCAAAGGCUACAUCAAAUCGUCGUUGGAGAUCUGUAACAGGGAGAAGGAGAGCCAGCGAGAAAAGGGCAAAGAGGGAGAAGGACCUGCUGACAGUGGCACGCCUGCUCCAGUCUCCAGCGUUCCUGCAGCAUCCACUUCCCAAACGGACAGGGGAAGCCCACAAAGUAUGGAGAUGCCCAAUUCCAUGGAGGCGUCCUCCGAUGUUCCUUCCACGCCAGCUGCUACCAGCAGCAAAGACUCUGAGAGCGAGAACUCGCAGGGAGGGUUCUCCAGCCAGGCUCCCGCUAACACCGCCGUGAAGAGCAACCAGACGCAAGACGCAGCGAACCCCUCCUCCUCAGGGAUGCUCAUUGUGCCUGUGCACACCAAGAUUAAAUUUGACCCUGAUGAGGAAGGUGAGUGUUCGCUUGAAGCUAAGGACAUGGACCUGUAUGAAAACCCGAGCAAUGGGGAAGAACGAACUCUCGCCUCAAGUCCUGCACCCAGCAGUGAGCAGACAUCGCUGCCCCCUUACCCCAACUAUCAUAUGAAACAGUAUGUAGAUGUGCUACUACGUGGAGGAUCUAGUUCUCACCGCGAGGAGCUUGUUUCUCAUUUUAACCACGGUUUGGGAAGCAGUAAUAUGAUUAGUCGAGUAGAUGAAGGAAUAGGUCAUGGAGGCUCCUGCAGUAUGGAGAUACAGAGUGACUGGUAUGUCGAAGAUGCAGUUUUCUACUCAGGGAGGCUGCAUAGGUGUCCGUUCUGCCCCUACACAACCAAACAGAAGGGAAUUCUGAAGAGGCAUAUCCGUUGUCACACAGGAGAGAGACCGUACCCAUGUGAGAUCUGCGGAAAGCGUUUCACUCGACAGGAGCAUCUACGCACACACGCGGUCACCGUCCAUCGCGCAACCUGGCCCAUCGUGUGUAAGGGCUGCAGACGUGUCUUCUCUGGAGCUGUGUCUCAGGGUCUGAAGCGCUUUGGUCUUUGUGACAAUUGUACUUGUGUCACUACAACUAAUGAAGACUCUCCCUCCAUGAACCUGAGCAGCCAGUCUGUGAGCGUGGAACAGGGCACCGCUGACUCGGAUUGGCCUAUCUUCAUGGUAGACGGGGAUGAGGAGCCCAGUGCUGGCGCUGGGGAAGUAGACGAUAAGAAGGAACUCCAGAGACAGCUAGCAGAGGGAGGAGGUCUCCUGUAGGCAUCAAGAAACAUACUUGUGGCUCCGAUGGCUUGUCCUUCAUUCAUCUUACUCUAAAAGUUGAGUAAACCGACAAAACUAUCAAGGCUUACUGUUCUGGGAGGCAUAAUCUUGUUUGGCCUGAUGGCAAUUAGUAGGAGUACUUACAUAAGUACUGAACUGUAAUCAUGUUUACGGGUAUGCAUUCUUUAAGAACUAGAAUUUCCACAGCUCUAGUAGAAUGCAUUGACUUAAUUUUCUCAAGAAUGGUUAUUACAUUCUAAUAAUUAUAAAAAGACAACUUUGCUUUUAAGGAAGAGUGAUAAGUAUUUGAACUUUUCGAAAAAGGGUCACCUUAAAGCUGCACAUGUAUAGUGAGGUUCAGGAUGUAAUAGUUCGAGCAGGGUCAAGUAUAAAAGAAUUAACAUACACAAGAGUCUUGAGAGAAUCUUGAAUAUUAUAACACUAAACUGAAAGUUAAAACGGUGCUCCAUCAUCAAACUUAUCGUGCCUGUAAGUAAUGCUGAAUGGGAGGCCAUUGUACACAAUUAAACAAUAUGCCAGAUUUUUUCAUUUUGUUAUUUUUUUGUAAAAAUACCAGUUAAAACUAUCCUUGCCCCCCCCAUAGAAUUCAUAGAAUUGAAACAAUCAUGAAAGUUUUGUCAAUUUUCAGUCAGUUAUUUAUCCUAAUUAUUGACACAAUUUAGGUAGAAAAUGUUGCACUUUAUUAUUUUAACUAACCAGAAAACAGGCUUAAUGUUGCUUUAAAACUUUCUUUAAAAUGUUUUUUUUUCUAAUCAGCAUAAGACAUAUUCAUAUUAAUAACAGUAUAAUAUAUCUUCAUUUUUAUAAAUACAGUUAAACUAAUUUAACAAGCCACCAGCAUAUGUAAUCAUGGCUGUCGCAGAGCUGCCCUACUUUUCUAGUGAUGUAUGAUAUUGCGCAUGUAGCUGAAUGAAAUGAACGUGUUUAAAAGGUAGACUGGAAAAUAGUCAAUUACAGUAUAAUUGAUUGUGCAGCUCUAUUCUACUGAAUGUUUCUACAAUGUAAAUUGUGCUACUUUUAAGACUGUUUAAUAUAUUAAGACUUUUGUGGAGCAUUUACAACAGAAUAUGAACAUUUCUGUAUAUUUGAGACCUGUAGCUUCAAUCAUAAAACCCAUGAUGAAGAGAACUGUUAUUUUUGGGUCAUUGCAGGCAUAGCGAGGAAAUGAUGUAUGACCAAAGUGCAACUUUUUUUUU